AUACUCCCAUAGUCCUAGAGGUACCGUAAUACAUGUCAGAAUUUCCCAGUACAUUAUUGGAGAUUUCAUUGGGCUUCGUUCGUUGAACUUAUCUAAUAAUGGCUUGAAAGGUGUUAUACCAACAUCACUGCAACAUUUAUAUGUACUUGAAUCAUUGGAUCUCUCAUUCAACAAAAUUGGAGGAGAAAUUCCCCAACAGCUUGCGUCUCUCACAGCACCUGCAUUGUUAAAUCUCUCUCACAAUCAUCUUGUUGGAUGCAUCCCUAAAGGAAACCAAUUUGAUACAUUUGAGAACAGUUCAUACCAAGGAAAUGAUGGGUUACGUGGAUUUCCACUCUCAAAAGCUUGUGGCGGUGAUGAUGGGGUACCACAAGGGACAACUCUAUUUGAGCUAGAUCAAGGAGAAGGAGGAGAUUCAGUAAUGAUCAGUUGGCAGGCGGUUCUCAUGGGUUACGGUUGUGGUCUAAUUAUUGGACUAUCUGUAAUAUACAUAAUGUUGUCAACUCAAAAUCCAGCAUGGUUUUCGAGGAUGGUUGAAGAAUUGGAACACAAAAUUAUUAGUAGAAUGAAAAAACACAAGAAAAUAUAUUAAUGUGUAACCUCCAGGUAUUCAACUUGAUCUUUAUCUUUCAAAAGAUUAUUGUAUAUAUAUCAAUGUAUUUUCUACCUCCUUCAUCCUUAAAGCUCUUAAUUAACUUUAAUUCUUCAUUUUUGAAAAUUGCAGGAUGCAAGUCUAAUGUGUUGCUGGCGAUACAAAUAUAAGCCUUUAUCUUCAUAGUUUGUGAUUUUUCUGAAGUGUUUUUUACCCUGUGAAUAAAGACAUUUGUUUUCUUCCUUUGAAACUCAGCCAAAUUUAUUUUCAUUUAUUUAAAGUGUUAGAUUAUUAACAGAGUUCAUGGCCUCAACUAGUAUAAUUCAUCCUCAAUAUAAUU